AUGCCCGCAGUUUUCUGGGCAGAGCGCAUCGCAAUUCAGCGAUCUACAGGAUACUCCCCAUAUUACAUGGUGCAUGGAACCGAGCCUCUGUUCCCCUUUGACAUCGCGGAAGCAACUUACCUGGUUCCAUAUGAGGGUGUACAGAUGACUCGGAUUGAACUUUUAGCACACCGGGCGCGUCAGCUCCAAAAAUGGGAAGAGGACCUGGUGGAGGUAUGGGAGCGUGUCAUCAGAGCGAGAUACAAGUCCAUGGAGCAGUUCGCACAAGAGUUUCAUGGGACCAUUAGGUCCUAUGACUUCAAGCCGGGCGAUAUUGUGCUGGUUCGAAACUCCCGAAUUAACAUGGAGCUCAAUCGUAAAACAAAGCCACGUUACUUGGGACCCAUGGUAGUCAUUCGACGAACUGAGGGAGGAUCGUAUAUCCUCGCAGAACCGGAUGGUGUGGUGUCUCAGCUAUGGUUUGCAGUGUUCCGUGUCAUACCUUACAAGUACCGAACUCAUGCCGAUCUCCACUUCACCCCGUUGUCCGACGUGGAUGAGACGGACAGCGCUGCAGGAUCGGAUAAUGAGCCUUGA